UUUGACAAUGCAUUGCUGGAGCAGGUAUUCGGCAAGUUGUCGACGCUGYUGCAGCCCGAUGAGGUGCUGCCGGAAGCAUCCCCCGCCUAUCGUUUGAGUCUGGCUUGUGGACUGCUAUACAAGUUUCUUCUGAAACAUGCUCCCAAAGAGGAAGUGAACGAAGCAUUUAAGAGCGGAGCGCAACUAUUGCAGCGUCCAUUGUCCUCGGGCACACAGGUGUACCAGACCCAACAGCAGAACUAUCCCGUUACGCAGGCGGUGCAGAAAGUGGAGGGCAUGAUUCAGUGCUCGGGCGAGGCGACCUACAUGAAUGAUGUGCUGACUACUUCGAAUACUGUGCAUUGCGCUUUUGUGGGAGCCACCAAAGUGGCCGCCAGYAUAGAGCAAAUUGAUGCAUCGGAAGCCCUUCGGCAGCCUGGCGUGGUGGCCUUCUACAGUGCUAAAGAUAUACCCGGCACAAAUACGUUCUGUGAUCCGAACUUUGGCUACGAGCCUGAAGAGAUCUUCUGCACCACACCGGUCAGACACUAUGGACAGCCCGUGGGCGUGGUAGUUGCCCUCACGGCGGAUAUUGCGAAGCAAGCAGCCCAGCUGGUAAAGAUCACCUAUGGCCAGCAGUCUACGAAGCAUAAAGUGUUGCCCAGCUUAAGCGAUGUAUUGGAUAUGUCGCCGGAGCCGGAGGCUUCGCGCAUUAUUCGUGAGGUCUCCGCAAAGCCGGGCAAGUUGAAGUGCUCGACUACGCCGGAUAAGACUGUGCGAGGCGUCUUGCAGAUUGGACUGCAGUACCACUUCACCAUGGAGCCCCAGACAACGGUGGCAGUGCCUUUCGAGGAUGGCCUCAAGGUUUACUCCGCCACCCAGUGGAUGGAUCACACGCAGUCGGUAAUUGCCCAAAUGUUGCAGAUAAAGGCCAAGGAUGUGCAGCUACAGGUCCGACGCUUGGGUGGCGCCUACGGCAGUAAAAUAACGCGCGGCAAUCAGGUGGCCUGCGCCGCCUCUUUAGCUGCUCAAAAGCUGAAUCGACCCGUGCGCUUU